UAUAAACAGCUGAUUCAGCAAGCACAUCAUCAGCAACAAAGAGAUGGCUGCCACUGUGAGGGACAUUCGUGAGAAAAAGCUGGUGGAGGUGGCUCACUGCCUGGAUAGAUUUCCCCCGCUGGCCCCCGGGCAGAAGGAGGAAGACGUGGAGCAGUAUUACAGUCUCCUCUGUGCAGAGCUCCGUCGCCUACCGCCCCCACUGGGGGCCAAGUUCACCUACACGCGCUCUCAGCUGACAGAGUAUGGGAUGGCAACUCUGAGGGACGAGAGCCCCAGUCUCCUCCUACUGACCGACCUCCAGAGGAGAGGUCUUCCACUCGAGGAGUUCAUCUCCUGUCUGGAGAGAAUUGGCUGCCAGAGAGCUCUCAAUGAGUUCCGCUCUGCCACUCGACCAGAGAUCACCCAACAGCCGCAGUCUCAGAGUGUGUUGGAGGGGGAGGAGCUGAGGCUAGAGUGCCGGGCCAGGUGUAAACCAGGCACGCCCUCCUUCUUCUGGUUCAGGAGGAAUGGCCCCCAGUCUGACUGGGAGCCUGUCAUUGACUCCCACUCCAACAUACUGGUGAUACAGGAGGUGAAUGUGGCACACCGUGGGGACUACAUCUGCAGAGCCACCAACCCCAACAUCAAUGACCCUCAGAGAGCCAACGUCUUCUCUGGAGAGGUGACUGUCAAGGUGGAGCCAAGGGACUUGCGGCAGAAAACUCCCAUCAGACAAGGUAAUAUGUACCCAUUCAACCACAAUCCCUGGAUGGUUGAGUAUGGCCAGCCUGCCCUCCUCGAGUGUCGGGCCAACGGCACUGACAUCACAUAUGACUGGUUCAGAGAUAACCAGUAUGUCAGUUCACGGAACAGUUCGGGUAAAAUAGAGUUCCAUCAAGUGAGGCUGGAGCAUGCUGGACAGUACCAGUGCAAGAUGACCAACCCUCAGGGUGGCUUUGUCAUGUCUGACGCUGUCUCCCUCACUGUGGCCAUCAAUGGAGCAACAGAGUCAGUGUUCUGUACAAAGUCCUCUGGUAGGUUCUACUGUCAGGUGGGACUGAGGGAGCACCCAGAGCAGCUGCCCAUGCUCUCAUCCACCACCAGAGUCUCCAUCAACACCAUUAAGAUCACGGCCCAGCCUCGUGAUGUUCACGGACAAACUGGAGAAUGUGUAUCUCUCUACUGUCGGGCUGAUUUCAUCCAACCUGUCUCCUCCAAGGAGAAAAUUGGGUACAUGUGGCUGAUGUCAAGUACCAAGGACGGGAAGAAGGAGCCACUGCAGAAGGCCCUCCAGCCACAGCAGUCGGAGGGAACACUGCUGUUUGAGCAGCUCAAUAUCAACCACCGCGGCUACUACGUCUGUCAGGCUUGUUUCGAGAAUGAGUUUGUGGAGUCAGUGGAAGUACACCUCUCAGUCACCAUGGCCGGCGGUGAACCCCUUCCCACCACAGGUGACCAUACUAAGACACCCAGUGUCGUGGGUGGUGAAACCAAGGGAAGGGUUCAGGAUGAGUGCAGUGCAAAAGUCACCCCAGACCAGCCUUUGCAAUAUCAGUGGAUGAAGGACAAUAAACCUAUUCCAAAUGCGACCGCCCCUGAGCUGAUCGAGUAUGUUAAUCAAACAGUAAUAAAUGCCCUGAUAAUGAAAUCCAAUCCGGAGAGUGGUGGAGGGUCAGCCACCUACCAGUGUGAAGUGAGUGCAGGAGGAGGUGUCCAGGUCCACUCACUCAGUGCCUACACCCACGAACCUGCACCCGACCCUCCGCCUGCCAAGGGACACCACAAUCACCAGCAAGCCGAGGCUGAAGAAAUGCUUUCCACACUAUCCGGACAGAGAUAUGCGAGGGAUAAGGUAGCCCUCCUGAUUGGUAACCAGCGGUACAGUGGCUGUGACAAACUCAACAAUCUCAAGUGCAUUGAGCAAGAGGUGUUUGUGUUUGUGAACCUGAAACUGCUCGAGAUGAAACAGGUCCUGGACUGGUUCUACAGCCUCCUGUCCCCGGGAGUCUACGGCCUGUUCUACUACUCUGGACACGGGUUCCACGUGGGGAGCACCUCGUACCUCAUGCCAGUGGACCGACAGGCCUCUGAUCCUGACACCAACAGCUGCAUCGGGACAAACUCCAUAUCCCACGACAUGCAGAAGACUCUCUGUAGGGCUGUGCUGGUGCUGGACUGCUGCCGAGUAAUACAAGAGGACACCAGUCAGCAGGCCACAACUCCCUACCCGAGUCUUGGCACAGCCACCAUCGUGGAGAUUCACUCAACGUUAGUUCUUUCAACACUCACUCAGUAAUACUCAUUAUCACAUGCUGCG